AACUCAACUGUAUCCGUUUACCAAGGUCUCGUCGUCCCUUCCCUGUGAACCAAGCCCCCAACCCAACUGUAAUACACUGCUUCAGAGUUCCGACCAGAGUUCAAAUAUUGAGCCACAAUUGUCGCCGUCCCCCGUUCCCCCCCCCUGCCUUCCAUCAGGGGCGGCGACUGUUUCACUUUCGAUUUCCUCACGGCUGACGGCUCCCACCCCCGCCGGACCUGAGUUCAGACUUGAAAGGUGGUGAAGUGAGAAACUAGUCUGUGAUGAACUGCUUGUUGAACGUGUCUUCCGCGGCGCUGUUUUCCAGGAAUCGACCUUUCAUUGUGAAGACUUCUUUGUAUGGCUAUUGUUGUUCAUCAUGGAUAAGAUCGAUACAACAUGCUCGUGUUAAAGCCAUUAAUGUAGGUUUCAUGUCUAUGAGAUUCCCUGUUCAAUGUUACUCCACUUCACAUGGUGGGCGUGCAUCUUGCUCCCCAAAGUUGGACUUUGCAUCAUCCAUGGAGGAGAAGGACACUUUCUAUAUCGUCCGCAAAGGGGACCUUGUUGGAGUUUACAAGAGUUUAAGUGAUUGCCAGGCUCAAGUUGGAUCUUCUGUAUGUGAUCCUCCUGCUAGUGUUUUCAAAGGCUGUUCCUUUCCUAGGGAGGCUGAGGAGUAUCUUGUCUCGCGGGGGCUGAAGAAUGCUGCUUAUUCAAUUAGUGCUUCGGAUGUGAAAGAGGACCUUUUUGGCAAACUCAUUCCUUGUCCUUUCCAGCAACCAUCUUCUCCUGAGGCUAAAAAAUCCAAGAAAGAAUCUCCAAGAAAGAUAUCACAGGAGGUGCUGGAAUCAGAUGGCAAUGUGGUAAGCUGGUCACAGGUUAUAGAUGGGUUGGAUCCUGAAAGAAAUCUCAUCGAACUAGAAACUUCAGCUGCAGCACAGACAGUCUAUUCUAAAUGUCAGUCCUGUAUUCUUGAGUUUGAUGGUGCUUCAAAAGGAAAUCCUGGACAAGCUGGUGCUGGAGCUGUACUGCGAGCUGAAGAUGGAAGAGUGGUUUACCGAUUACGUGAAGGUUUAGGCAUCACAACCAACAAUGUUGCUGAGUAUCGAGCCAUGAUUUUAGGAAUGAAAUAUGCUCUUAAGAAAGGGUUUAAACAAAUUCAUGUGCAAGGCGAUUCCAAACUCAUCUGUAUGCAGGGCUUAAACUCUGAGGCUGAUGCUCAAGCAAACUUGGCUAUAAAUCUAGGAGAUGGUGAAGUUCAAGAAGAUUGUAUCAAGAAGUGACUCAAAUAAUAUGAGGCAAAUGGAUCCCGGCUGCACAUUCUUUUUUGUUGCUAAAGAGAUUGAGUGCAUGCAUGAGCCUACUUUCCAGAUUUUACUGCAAAUUUUCCCUCACGUUUGAGCUGGUGAUAACCUAUUGAAAGGAGACCUGAGGGAGUGAUAUGUUUAGAGGACUAUUAGAUCUCAUGCAUGCAAUUAUAAGGAUCACAAAUGCAAAUGUGGAAGUACAGUUACAGUGGGUGGUGGGUUCGUCAUUGGCGUGUUCGAGCAUGAGUUUUGUUGCUGAUGGUAUCUUGUUGACUGUAGAAACAUUUUUCUUUUGGGGAUUCCAGACCCUGAUAGGUACAAGAAGCAAAGCAGUGUGAAGAGGGGGGAAAAACAAUACCCAAAUUAAUGAACUUAUUUCGAUUGGGACUUGGAACAUUAAUGGUGUACAAAUCUCUGUUCUUUGUUGAUGCGGGUGCAGCCAUUUGUAGAAUCUCACAUAUUAUCAAUAACGAAAGUAAUUCUUGGUUUUGUCCA